AACGAUUUUCUAUAAGAAAAAUUUAGUUGGCGCUUGUUCCCCUGAAUCAAGAGAUGAGCAACCCGUUCAGAUGCAACAAUUCGUACGUCGGCGCUCUGCUCACCGACUACUACCAAAUCACAAUGGCGUACGCGUACUGGAAACUGGGCAAACACAACGACCCGAGCGUCUUCGACCUGCUGUUCAGAAAGAACCCAUUCAACGGCGAGUUCACCGUGUUCGCCGGACUGGGCUCGGCCAUGCGCUACCUGCAGGAGUUCCGGUUCUCUGACGACGACAUCGCCUAUCUGAAGAGCAUCAUGCUGAAUCAGAGAGACGACCUCGACUCCGCCUUCUUCGACUGGCUCAAAAACACCACCCUCCGCGACGUCAAGGUCUACGCCGUCGACGAAGGAACCGUCUCCUUCCCCUACGUCCCGCUCCUUCGCGUCGAGGGACCGCUCGCGAUUUGCCAGCUACUGGAAACCACGCUGCUAAACCUCGUCAACUUCGCCUCCCUCGUCACCACCAACGCCGUCAGGUACAGACUCGCCGCCGGACCAGACAAAAGGCUCCUCGAAUUCGGACUCCGCAGGGCUCAGGGACCGGACGGCGCCAUGGCCGCCUCCAGAUACGCCUACCUCGGCGGCUUCGACGCGACCAGCAACGUCAAGGCAUCCCAGGUCUUCAACAUCAAGCCCAGCGGCACGCACGCUCACUCGUUCAUCACGAGCUUCAGGUCCACCUCCGACCUCAAGUCCACUCUCCUGUUCAACAAAAACACCAACCGCGCCGAAAACUUCCUAGAAGCCGUCCUGCAAAAAAAAAAACAGCUGUCUAUCCGAGAAAGCCACGAGGGCGAACUAGCCGCCUUCGUGGGAUACGCCAUCGCCUGGCCAAACUCUUUCCUUGCUCUAGUCGACACCUACAACACGCUCAAAAGCGGCGUCCCGAACUACGUCACCGUCGCCCUCACGCUCAUCCAAUUCGGAUACGCCCCACUCGGCGUCAGACUCGACUCCGGAGACCUCGCCUACCUCAGCAAAGAAGCCAGAACAUACAUCUCAACCGUUUCCCAACGAAUGAACGAACCAAAACUCUCGCAAACCUUCAUCGUCGCCAGCAACGAAAUCGACGAAAGCACCCUCCUCUCCUUCAACCAACAAGAACACGAAAUCGACGCCUUCGGCAUCGGCACCAACCUCAUCACCUGCCAAAAUCAAACCUCGCUCGGCGGCAUCUACAAACUCGUCAUGAUCAACAACCUCCCCUGCCUCAAAGUAUCUCAGGACAUCUCCAAAAUCAGCAUCCCCGGUCGCAAGGACACCUACCGCUUCUUCGACGCGCAAAACCGACCUCUCCUCGACCUCAUGUGCGAGUCCACCCAACCACCACCGCAAGUCGGCGACAAAAUCAUGUGCAGACACCCGUUCCAAGAAACCAUGCGCACCUUCGUCAUCCCGCACAAAAUACAACUCCUCCACAAACUCGUCUGGGACGGCGGGCUCGUCCUCGACCUCCCCCAUCAAGAACACAUCCGCAGCUACAUCCAAAGCCAAAUCACCUCUCUCAGAAAGGACCACAUUCGCUUCCUAAACCCCACUCCGUACAAGGUCUCCCUCUCCGAACGACUCUACCACACCUUCCACACGCUCUGGCUCGCCGAAUCCUCCGUUUCCUGCAUCCAAUAGACCCCCGCCCCUCCUCCGUCACGAACUGAGCCGGGAGGGCUGCGGCCGCCGCCAACGCGCCCCAACAAUUUCCCCUUAUUUUUUGCGCCCCAAUAAUUUCCCCUCUUUUUUGCGUCCCAAUAAUUUUUCUUAUUUUUUUCUCUUCUUCGACCCCUUGUGCGCCCUGUAGUUCUUCAUCGUCUUCUCGUACAACUCCAUGUAAAACGGACGCCUCAUCGCGCUCGCCGGCAGAGGCACCCCCAACUCCGUCAAAAUCUGCUUGCACUCCCUCACCGAACCAGGCGUGUGAUCCACGUACUUCUCAAACACCUCCUCCAACGGAU